GGAAGGAACAUGAGGUUCCCUUGGAAAUCCUUCAAGAGGAAGAUGGAAGGGGCCAUUUAAAAGAUAUUAAAAUCUGCAGGCUACAAGACUGGGGCCUGAGGGCUGGCAGUGGAAAACCCUAUUGGGCUUUAAUCUUUCACUGAAAAGUUCCAGGUGCCUUUUUGCUUCCUGCAAAAGAAAGGAAGAGAAGGAAAAGACCAUGUCCAUAGCUCUGAAGCAGGUGUUCAACAAGGACAAGACCUUCCGGCCCAAGAGGAAAUUUGAACCUGGCACACAGAGGUUUGAGCUGCACAAACGGGCCCAGGCAUCCCUCAACUCGGGCGUGGACCUGAAGGCGGCUGUGCAACUGCCCAGUGGGGAGGACCAGAAUGACUGGGUGGCCGUGCACGUGGUGGACUUCUUCAAUCGGAUCAACCUCAUCUACGGCACCAUCUGUGAGUUCUGCACCGAGCGGACCUGUCCUGUGAUGUCAGGGGGCCCCAAAUAUGAGUAUCGGUGGCAGGAUGACCUCAAGUAUAAGAAGCCUACUGCACUGCCGGCUCCCCAGUACAUGAACCUGCUUAUGGAUUGGAUCGAGGUUCAGAUCAACAACGAGGACAUAUUUCCAACAUGUGUGGGUGUUCCCUUCCCAAAGAACUUCCUUCAGAUCUGCAAGAAGAUCCUGUGCCGCCUUUUCCGGGUCUUUGUCCACGUGUACAUCCACCACUUCGACCGGGUCAUUGUGAUGGGUGCGGAGGCCCAUGUCAAUACCUGCUACAAACAUUUCUAUUACUUUGUCACAGAGAUGAACCUCAUAGACCGCAAGGAGCUAGAGCCCUUGAAAGAGAUGACGAGCAGGAUGUGUCACUAAUGCUCCCUC